AUGCAGCCACCUGACUCCACUUGGUACCCUAACACAAGUGCCACUCAUCACAUGACUAGUAGUCCUUCUAAUAUCCAAAAUCAACAGCCAUAUCAAGAUGGUCUUUACCCACUUUCCCUCUCCUCUCACUCAUCCACUGUCCCCCGUGCCUUUACCAUCGUGCACUCUCCUGCUUGGCAUUGUCGCCUUGGCCAUCCAUCCGAUUCUGUGCUCUCUCAUUUAGCGCCAUCUCUAGGCUUUAAAGUUUCUUAUGCUUUCUGUAAGGAUUGUGCACUUAGCAAAUCCACCAAACUAUCCUUUAUUAGUAAUAAAUCCUUUGGCCCAUCUCCCUUUAAUUUAAUUCACUCUGAUGUAUGGAUGUCCCCGCAUCACUCUGACGGCUCCAUUGAAUGCUACAAAGCUCGUCUAGUUGCCAAGGGUUUUCAUCAAUGUCCGGGCAUAGACUAUGUUGAAACCUUCAGUCCUGUUGUCAAGCCUACCACCAUUCGCAAUGUUCUUAGUCUUGCAGUUUCUGGUGGUUGGUCCCUUCAUCAACUUGACAUCAAAAAUGCCUUUCUCCAUGGGUUUCUUCAAGAAGAUGUCUAUAUGGCUCAAACCCUUGGUUUCAUUGAUCACACUCGUCCUUCUUAUGUUUGCAAGCUCCACAAAGCAUUCUAUGGCCUCAAACAAGCACCUAAUGCUUGGUUCCAUCGCAUUAGUGGCCACUUUGACAUCAAAGACCUUGGUCCGCUCAACUAUUUCUUGGGUUUACAGGUUCUUCAUAAGAAUGGUACUCUCCACAUCAAUCAACUCAAAUAUGCACAUGAUCUUUUACAGAAAGCCAAUCUUCUCAACUCUAAACCCGCAUAUAUUCCAUUAGCUACCGAGGUUCUCCUCUCAGUCUCUGAUGGUGCUCUCAUCUCCAACCCAAUCGAGUAUUGCGAGCUUGUUGGCAGUUUACAGUAUCUCACUCUUACUCGCCCUGACAUAUCUUUUGCCGUCAGCACUUUUGCUUAA